AUGCGUUUUGUUCGGGGAGCCAUAAGAACGCGGACCUGCGAGGUGGACUCUGAUUUUGGUGAUGAACGGCGAAAAGCUCCGGUGAUGGUCUGGAUAGAGUUCGCCCCCCUGAGCAUCCCUCUCCGCCGCAGGCUACAGACGGCAGCGGUCCUGCAGUGGGUCCUGUGCUUUUUUCUCCUUGCACAGUGUUGUGUGGCCGUGUACGUUGUCAUGGUGAUGAGAUUUUGGCAUGCGGCUGCUCUCUAUGCUCUGUGGUUGUAUCUGGAUUGGGAGACAGCUGAGACUGGAGGUCGGAGGUCACGCUGGGUUCGUCGCUGGGCCGUGUGGAAAUAUUUCCGGGAAUACUUCCCACUUCAUCUGGUCAAGACAUGUGAUUUGGACCCAGCAAAAAACUAUCUGUUUGCUUACCAUCCACAUGGGGUUUUUGCAACUGGAGCAUUUGGAAAUUUUGGGAACGAGUACACCGGAUUUCAGGAGUUAUUCCCGGGAAUUACACCUUACCUGCACGUCUUGUCUGUCUGGUUCCAAGUCCCAUUCCUCCGAGAGUACCUGAUGUCCGCAGGUUUAGUGUCAUGCUCUAAGAAAAGUAUCACCCACGUGCUGAGUCGAGAGCGGGGCGGGAACGUGUCGAUCAUCGUGAUUGGCGGAGCGGCUGAGUCCCUGGAGGCGCGGCCCGGCAGCCUCACUCUGGAAGUGUUGAACAGAAAGGGAUUUGUCCGAAUAGCGCUCAAAUGCGGGGCUUACCUGGUCCCUGUUUUCUCGUUUGGUGAGAAUGACCUCUUUAAUCAGGUGAAAAACCCUAAGGGCUCUCUGAUCCGCGGCAUUCAGGAGAAAAUGAGGAAGACUCUAGGCUUCACCGCACCUCUCUUCCACGGCCGAGGAGUCUUCCAGUACAGCUUUGGCAUCAUGCCCUACAGAAAACCUGUUUACACUGUCGUAGGGGAGCCCAUUGCGGUGGACUACACCAUGUGUCCAUCCAGUGAGGAUGUGGACAGACUUCACUCUCGUUACUUACAGGCUCUCAGUCAGCUGUUUGAAAAACACAAAACAAAGUAUGGCAUCGAAGAACACCAACAUCUUAUCUUUAUAUAA